AUGCAUGGAUUUAUUUUGGCAAUUUUCGGACUUUUAAUUGUCGUUCAAGUGCAGUCCGCGUGCAUAAGAAGACAAGUUUUGGAUGAUAAAAUACAAUUUGUUGAUCAGAAUGACGAUAUGGAAUCGAUAAGAGAAAAGAUUCGUACGGAAAUGGAUCAAUAUAGAAGACUUAAGGAAAUGUCAUUAAAAAGUAAAAGUUCAAAAGCUACAACAACAACAACAGAAGCUUCAACAUUGUCACAUCUACUUGAAGACACUCCUGAAGAAGUUCCAGAAGAAUCUAGUUCCAAAGCAACAACGUCAACAUCAUCUUCAACUGUUCGACAUGUUCAUUUAAUUGGACAUGAAGAACUAAGUGUUGAUGUUCCUGAAGAAGCACCAGGGGAAGUCCUAGAAGAAUCUGAAAAUGGAGAGGAAAUGACAACAAUGGGAUUUAAAGAUUUGAAUAUCUUCGAUGUGCCAGUCCUUUGUAAAACAGGUUUUGUUCUAGUUGGCACACGAUGCAGGAAAUUAGCAAGAUAA